AUGAUCUUCAGCACCUGAAUCAUUGAUUGGUGGACGAGUCCUUAUUAAAACCGGCGCUUUCUCCGUAACAAUACAAGGUUUACAUUCCACCAGUUCUCUGCACUGGGUCAACACGUAUAGGUUAAAGUCACUGUGCCGGUGGAUUGUAUCAGAGACCAUAUACCGACAUGGUCUCUGGUUGUAUUUUGGAUUAAAUAUUUAGGCAGAUAUUUUCCUUAUCUCCUUGAAGCGAUGAUGGAAUAAAACAAAAACGAUUCUGCCAGAAACGCUUUCUAUACGAUUUACAGGAUUUCUCAAAGGCUGGCGACGAACUUCUACGUUCUUGAUAGUGUUUGGGAAAUAUUUCAGCCAGACAGAACACUUGUCGGCGUUGCCCAUACAGCUGGACUUGAAUAUUCGACGUCAGUGUGCAAGAUGGCUGGUCCCACAACCCUUAUCAACAUCAGCGGGACGAAAUACGAAGUGUCCACUGCGACCUUUUGUAAACUAAUGGACCAGAACGGAUCAACGUGUUUAACUGAAGCAACAGUGAAGGGCACUUCCCCAAAAGAGUACUUCUUUGAGAGACAUUCGGAUUCUUUCGCGGCCAUCUUGGAUUUUCUUCAUCAUGGAGAGCUACAUUUGCCCCCGACGGUUUGUCCCAACGUUUUCUCGCGAGAACUUGCGUUUUGGGGGAUAGAUAUCUCGAGAAUGGAGAACUGUUGUUAUCACAACUUCGUCACAUUUGUGGAGGACAGAAAAACUUUGAGAAACUUUGAAAAACAACAGACGAUUGUAACAAGGAACGGGAAACAAACAUUAUUCUGGUUUCCCCGUCUGGAGCGAUUUCGAGCCUCGGUUUGGGCCUUCCUUGACAACCCCUCAUCCUCCAUUGCUGCGAAGGUCUUCAUGGCGAUUGUUGUGCUGUUUGUCAUGGCGUCGCUGUUCGUCAUCGUAGCCGGAACCCUUCCUCUGUUCCAAAGGAACCUAAGAAAACAAGAAUGGAAGGAAUAUCUUGGGGAUGAAUUUCAAUCACAACUGCCAGCCCUAAAGAUGUUCCAUUUCAUCGAAGACUAUUACAAUUAUGAUGAUGAUGAUGAUGAUGAUGAUGAUGAUGAUGACGCCGACGCCGAUUACGACAUGUCAACUACCGAUCCAAGCACUACACAAUCGUCACCCACACCCAAAGACUCCAUGCAAAAGUUAACGAACAGCAAACUAGCCCAGGCGCAUGCGCGAGUUGACUUCUUAAAAUACAUUGAGUACGCUUGCGUAAUUUUUUUCACGCUCGAAUUCUUCUUUAGACUUCUGUUUUGUCCGAGUCUAAGGCUGUACGUCACAAACGCCGUCAACAUUUUUGAAUUCCUCGCUCUGGUGGCGUUAUUCAUCAGCCUUGGACUGGAACUAUUCAUCCCAGCAAAACGUUUCACAACCCACUCUGUUGACAUCAUAGAAUGCGUGCAGUUCAUGCGCAUAUUCAGAUUCCUCCGCCUUGUUAGAAACGUCACAGGUUUCCGUGUACUAAUAUACUCCUUCAAAUCCAGCGCCAGGGAACUACUUUUACUUUUAGCCUUCCUUGCAACGGCUGUUCUGCUCUUCGGUAGCGUCAUGUUUUACGCAGAAGAACAUAAGCAAAUGAGAAGUAUCCCUGAUGCAUGUUGGUGGGCACUGAUCACCAUGACAACAGUUGGCUAUGGAGACGUCGUCCCGAAAACAUUUGGUGGCAAACUGAUUGCCGCAGGAUGUGCGAUUAGCGGGGUGCUGCUAUUAGCGGUGACUGUUCCCAUCUUUGUUAACACCUUCAUCCUGUUCUACAGCUACUCAAAGGUCAUUGACGCUCGUGCUCUUGAAGAGGAGAAAGCUCAGAGGUUGGCCAGCUGCACCGUAUCCUGCGACAGUUCAAACAAAGUCAUUCCUGUCAAAGAAAGUGUGGGCAUGAAAGAUUUCCGUUCGAAAUAGCCAUUGAAAGAGAUCAGAGGCGUAGCUACCAUUAUAUAAAAAGCCCGGGCUUACACAUGAAUUUUGCUAAAGAUCACUCUAAAGUUGGGCAAGCCCUCAAUACUGUCUAAAUAUGAAGCUUUGCAACCGAUCGCGGGCUUACACGAAAAUAUUGUCUUGCUACGCGCCUGGAGAUCCCUUCGUGGUCAAGUGGAUAGAGUGCCUGCUAGAUGGACAGGAGAUCAGGGGUUUGAUCCUUGGUAGAAGAGACUUCUGUCUUUUGGGCAUUGGUGGGAUAAAACAGACUGUUCAGCUCAGAGUCAGUAUAGGCUAUAACGCCACGCACGCACUACCCUUUGUAAUAAAUGGCCAGUCCCGCAGGAA